CGCCACGACGAUACCAGAGAAUACGACCAACGCGCGGGUGUAAGCGCGGCCAGGUCCAGCAUAAACCCACUGUGAGAGCGUUUCAGAGUGCUCUACGACUUCGGCGCGUUCACAUCCGCUGGCCAAUAAUCAAAAGCCUGAAUUCAACAUUCGCGUCGCGCCAAACUCCGACUUAACCCCUUAAAAAAAAAUAAUAAUUUAUUCGACGCGAAUUGAAUUUUUUUCUAAUACCGCAGUGAAAAGUCGCUCAACAGUUUUUAUAUAUUUCGACCAGAAAUUUUUGCAGUUUAACCGUAAUUUUAAUGAAUUAUUCAGACGUACAACAGCAGAGAAAAGGCUAAUUUCAAUAAUUUGUAAGUUUCCAUUUUGGAUAAUUUUUUUGACGGAGAAAUUUUGAGUGCCACAACUUUCUGUGAAAUGUUGUGUUGACAAAGCUCGUGAGCGCUCAUGUGAUGUGAAAAUAAAUUGUGUAUCAAUUUUUGAAUGACAUUGUUUUUUCAUCUCUCCAGUGAUACGUGCGUGAAGUGCAGCGAGAGUUGGAGGGGAAUUGAUAAAAACCGUUUUUUUGGGAAUAUAAAUUGGCGUGUGUCGGGCAAUCUCUGCAUUCGCCAGUUGUAUUGUUUUUAUUUCCAUAGACUCCACAAGUGCACUAGAGGUAUCAGUGUUGAUGUUGAGAAGUGUGAGUGGGGGGAAUCACGUUCGAUUGUAUUUGCAAACGGGGAAUAAGCGAGGGACAAGGAUUUUUCCAAUUGCAUUUCGCGUUUUUUUUUAUUCCACUUGGGGCUGAUUUUUACUCCUUCCCGUACACUGUGAGCAGCGGGACAGGAGAGAGAGGAGCGCGUAACAGCCGCGUCAACGGGGACAACGGACAAUUUACGAUGUAUUAAAAAUAAAAAUUACCCGUAACCGAGGGGUAAUAGAAUUAAGACUGCGAGUGGGACAAUAAUUCAAGUGAAUAGCUACUGAGCACUGCCGUUACUUUUCAUAGUCGUGAUUGAUCUGAGGGGGAGAGCAACGGUUUACGGGGUAGUAUCGUGUAUUUGCGAUUGAGGAAAAUCGAGGGGCUGUUGAAAGUUGGAAAUUGCCUCAGUGACUUUCUUCACUGCCGGGAGUGAUCACUUUGGGAUUCUGGUGGAGGAGCUUUCUAUUUGCUCGACGGGGGAGGACGGGAUUCAGUGAACAUGAAGUGGUGGACAAUUGUUAUUUUUUUUGUUGGCUCCACGUGGGCGGGGAACGCAAUUGAUGGGUCUAAAUGCACGGAUAUACAGACGCAGAGGGAUUUGGAUCUCGAUGGGAUAAUCGGAAAAUGGUACGUGAUAGAAAUUCUGGACCACAGGCCGUCGCCAACGCAAUCAUCCCUGACAUUAAUACGACCAAUGGUGCUGGAAACGUGUCCAAUUGUCAGAAUUCGACGAGAGCAUCGACGGGACUCGAUGGGAGAAGUUUUGAAAGUACUCUGGACCGAGGAGAAGGGGACCAUUGAGUACACAUUUAUCGUCACCGAUCUGAGAAAUUCUCCUGGCUUCUGGACAUCGAUUAGCUUGCAAAAUGGUACCCUAACGAGAGAUCCAACCUUCAGUUACGUUCAAUUCGGUGGAACAGUUCACGUGAUGAAAGCAGUGAUGCACGAGAUGCUCCUGACCUUCUGCUCGGGUUACCCGGGUAAUCAACUUUACUCAAUUCUCCUGGGUCGCCAGCACAAGCUCGAGCGCGGCACCAAGAGCAUUCACGACCUGUUGGAACAUCGAAAAAUUAUGAUAUCCACCAUUCAGUCGACAUGCUCCAAAGGCACUGGAGUCUCAAUUCAACAGAGCAAUGUCAUCACCAUCACCCUCAUGGGAGCAAUUGCCCUAGCUAUUCUCAGGUUCUUUUCACCCACAUUCAAUUCAGACUGGUAAUGACUCCAAUUUUACAGAAGAAAAAAAAUAAUAUUUGUCAAAUUAAAAAGAUUUUAACAGAGUUUUCUCAUUGAAAGUUGAAAAGUACAUCUAUUGUCCAACAAAUUCAGCAAAUUACUCUUGUAUUUGUUGAAUCAACAAUAAAUAACUUUGCCUAUAUUUCAUUCCGAUGUGUUCUGAUGGUGUGAAUUCGUUGGAUAUUGGAAAACGUUUUUCUGGAUGAGCAUCUUUUGAAGAGUAGAGAUAAGGGAGAUAAAUUAUUGCUAAGAAUUACAGAUAAUAAACGAGGGGGGAUUUACUUUGAAAGAAUUUCUCCCUCGGAGAGGCUAAUCGUCGUUAAAUGCGUUAGGUUGUAAAUCGAUGGUACUUUUUUCCUUCAUUCACUGAUGAUGAAAAAAGUUGUGAGUGAUGAUAACAAUAAAUUUCACCCCUCCAAUGUUACGUUUAAAGGUCUCCUCUAGAGUAUUUAUUAAUGUGAAAAUGCUCGAGAUUAUUAAUAUUAAUAUCAUAGUAUAUGACCCGUACAUGAGUCAUGUGCGUCUAAUAUAUUAUAUGUAUGAUGACAAUGAAUUGUAGCAAAAUGAGUGACUGCGUUCAUCUAUUGAGUUAUUAAAAAUUAUUGAAUAAUGUCAGAAUAUAUUUUAAUAGUUGAGUUAAUAACAUUUUCAUAGAGUAUAUCGGUUGAGUUAUAAAUAUUGUCAUUCCAUUAACUGUGUUUACUAUUUACACGUGAAGCAUCAAUUGUGAAUGUUGAUUUAUUUAUUUAUUAUAAUUUAAAUGAGACGGAGAGGAGAGGUAUGAAUA